CGGUAGCACAUGGAGUUUUCUGGUCAUCUUCCCUUCGAGACCCUUGAUCACGCUUAUUUAGCGACGUGUUGCACCGGUAACACGCUCAAUACCUGAGUAUAUAUACCAUGUCUUUUGCACAUUGGAUGCCAUCUUCUCCUCCACAAGACACCGUGCAGGAGAAGGAUUUGGAAAAUAUGCAUAAAUCAUCUCUACGCUUGUCAUUCUUGCCACCCAUAUUCAUCUCGGAGUCUCACUUCAAGGACAUCAAUGAGCUGCACCGCCUCGAAGAUGAUCUUGUCGAGGCUGGAGGUCUAUUGUCUUACAAUCUUCACGAGGCAAAGAUUGUUCUGACCAGAGUCCUCAACAAGAAACGCAUCACAAUGGAUCUACGGUCCAAAGACUGCUACACGGACGAAGUCCUCGUUGUCAAAGAUGUCUGUGCAGCGGAUACUGUUACAGACCCCGCAGCCGGGCACAAAGCAAAGAAAGGGAAGCUUGCAGAGGGAUAUGAGGAUGGAAAGAAAGAGACUGAAGAAUCCAUCCUCCACGAAGUCAGCACCGACUCGGAAACCGAAGACGAGCAUAAGCCAAGAAUCAAGUCUGCCAAACGCAAGCGUGUUGGUUCUCCGGUCGAGCAAGAUCCGAACAAAGCAUACUUUUCCAACCCGUACAUCAAGGUCUUGAAGUGGGAAUGGUUUACUGAUUCUCAGAAACAAGACCGUGUUCUGCCUAUCGAGCCAUACUUGCUCUACCAAGGACGGAUUAUUGACAAGCCUGAGGAUCCAAAGACACCAGGCAAAGGGUCCAGCUUUACUGCCAGGACCAAAACACCACAAUCAAUCCUGGAGAGGGCUAGAGCGGAUGCUGAGAACGACACUUCUUCACCGGUACAACAGCGUAGCAAUCGCAAACUCGGCCAGAUAGGCGGCGGCAGAGUUUCUGCGCCAUUCCAAACUACGCCACACUCCAAGAGAGCCGCUCUUUUACAUCAGACGACCUCGGAGCAUGAUCUAGGCCAAUCGUCCGACCUUCCUGAGAUGCCCCCUUGGGUCCAGAACGACGUCAAGUAUGCGUGCCAGCGCUUAACACCCGCUGAUCCACCCAACGCAGCCUUCAUCGCUCAGCUUGAUAAGAUCAAGUUAGCGCGAUUGCUCACCGGUGAUGAGAUUGGCGUAAGAGCAUACAGCACCAGCAUCGCAGCUCUAGCCGCCUAUCCUCACAAACUCAGUACUGGUCGUGAGAUCCUACUCCUACCCGGCUGUGACGCCAAAAUCGCAAACCUCUAUGUCGAAUUUGCAAACUACGGCAAGAUCCAAGAAGCCGAAGACGCCGAAAACAACGAAGAGCUCAAGGUGCAAAAACUCUUCUACAACAUCUGGGGCGUAGGCGCCACAACAGCAAGAGACUUUUACAAAGAAAAAGGUUGGAGAGACCUCGACGAUGUGGUAGAAUAUGGCUGGCAAACCCUCACCCGCGUCCAACAAAUCGGAGUGAAAUACUACGACGAAUUCCUUCUCCCCAUCCCUCGCUCUGAAGUCGAAGAUAUCGCCGCUACAAUCCACAAACAUGCUGUCAAGCUCCGUGACGCCGGGAUUCAGAGUCUAGUCGUCGGCGGCUAUAGACGAGGUAAAGAACACUGCGGCGAUGUCGAUAUCAUUCUCUCUCACCCUGACGAGAGCAAGACUUUAAACAUCAUCACCGAUAUAGUAGCGAGUCUGGAACAAGAAUCUUGGAUAACGCAUACCCUCCUCAUCAGCACAAAAACCAGCGAUCGCGGACAACAAACCCUAGCCUUGAAUUCCUCAUCCACCCACGGCCACGGUUUCGACAGCCUAGAUAAAGCCCUAGUGGUCUGGCAAAAUCCCCACUAUACCCCCUCUACUUCUAAUCCCUCCGACUCGAAAACCAAAAACACAAAUCCCCACCGUAGAGUUGAUAUCAUCAUUUCGCCGUGGAAGACCGUGGGAUGUGCUGUCAUGGGAUGGUCUGGAGGCACGACAUUUCAACGCGAUUUACGUCGUUACGUCCGCCAAACUUAUGAUUACAAAUUCGAUUCUUCGGGGGUGAGGGAUAGGAAGACGGGGGAUGUUGUUGAUGUUGACGGUGAGGCUGGGACUAUGGAGCAGGCGGAGAGGAAUGUUUUUGGGGCGUUGGGGUUGGAGUUUAGGGAGCCUUGGGAGAGGUGUACUGGUUGAAAUUUGUGCGAGGGGACUUGGGAGAUCUGAUACGUCAGGAUCAUGGAGGAGUCUGGGUUGGA